AUGACUGCCGCGGCGGAGUACGAGGCCUACGUCCGCGACGCGGGCGGCGAACGCUGCAUCCGCUCGAUCCUGGUCGCCAACAAUGGCAUGGCCGCGUCCAAGUUCAUCAUGUCGAUCCGGAACUGGCUGUUCGAGCGGUUCGGUGACGCGAGCCUGAUCCGCAUCGUGUCGAUGGCGACGUCGGAGGACAUCCGCGCGAACGCGAUGCACCUGCACCACGCCGACUCCUUUGUCGAGGUGCCGGCUGGCGCAAACUUCAACAACUACGCCAACGUCGAGGUGAUCGUGCGGCUUGCGCGCGAGAACCGGGUGGAUGCAGUCUGGCCAGGCGUGCUCGGGUGGGGGCACGCGUCGGAGAACCCGGCGCUGCCGCAGGCCCUCGAGGCCAACGGCAUCACCUUUGUCGGACCCACUGACAAGGCCAUGUUCCUUCUCGGAGACAAGAUCGCCUCGACAAUAAUCGCGGAGUCGGCCGGCGUGCCCUGCGUCUCGUGGUCUGGCACGGGUGUUCGGGUGGAGCCGGACGCCUCGGGGCACGUCACCGUGCCGGACGACAAGUUCGCCGAGGCGUGCGUCACCUCCGCCGAGCAAGCCGUCGAGGUUGCGGAGCGGGUCGGCUACCCAAUCAUGAUCAAGGCGUCGGAGGGCGGAGGCGGGAAGGGCGUGCGGAUGGCCACCAAGAAGGAGCAGAUCGCGCCCAUGUACCAGGCCGUCUGCGACGAGGUCAAGGGAUCGCCCGUCUUCCUGAUGCGGCUCUGCACCGGUGCGCGCCACAUCGAGAUCCAGCUGAUGGCGGACAAGAAGGGCAACGUCGCCGUCCUCUCCGGCCGCGACUGCUCGAUGCAGCGCCGCUUCCAGAAGAUCGUCGAGGAGGGGCCGCCCCGCGCGGUUGCGCCGGAGACGCUCGACCAGAUGGAGCGCGCGGCGGCCUCCCUCUGCCGGAUGGUCAACUACACGCACGCGGGCACCGUCGAGUACCUCUUCAUUCAGGAGACGCAGGAGUUUUACUUUCUCGAGCUCAACCCGCGCCUGCAGGCGGGCACACAGCCGGCGGCAGAUCCAGCCGGCGACGGCAUCACCGAGACCAACCUGCCGGCCCUGCAGCUCAUGUGCGCGGCCGGCAUGGACCUCUCCAAGCUGCCCGCGAGCGACGACAUCAGCCGCUUCCUCUCGACGCCGGACAAGCCGUACGUCGACCCCUUCUCGAAGGUCAAGGGGCACGUCAUCGCGACGCGCAUCACGGCCGAGAACGCGGCCGACGGCUGGAAGCCGACCGUGGGCAAGAUCGAGGAGCUCUCCUUCCAGUCGCUGCCGUCGGUGUGGGGCUACUUCUCAGCGCAGCGCAAGAUCAUGCUCGCCGUGAAGCGCAUCCGCUGCAUCGGCGAGAUCCACACCAACAUCACUUCCGUCGAGGAGCGGCCGGCAGCUGGGGCCGGCAGGGAGACCGCCCUCGUCACGGUGCCAGCCUCGUCGGUCGCGAUCUGCGGCGCGCUGCUCAAGGCGCACAUCGCGAUCUGCGCGACCGAGGCGAAGAUCAAGAAGGAGUACCUCUGGCGCAACGCCUGCCCGCCGCCCGAGCUACUCGCGCAGCUGACGGAGCUCAAGGUCGAGUUCAUCUGGAACAAGACCAAGUUCGAGUUCGAGGUGUACCGCCACUCGCCCGAGCUCUUCACCAUCUCGGCGAACGGCUCGCUCGCCUCGGUCAAGCUCAAGCCGACGCCGGGCGGCAACCUCGUCGCCACCUACGGCAACCGCACCGACACCUUCCACUUCAUGGAGGAGCCCGGCGACAAGAUCCGGAUGGUGCUCAACGGAGUGGUGGCGAUGCUCGAGAAGGAGAACGACCCCUCCGUCCUUGUCGCCCCGUACGGCGGCAAGCUGACGCGCUGGUUCGCCGAGGACGGGUCGCACCUGACCAAGGGCGGCGCCUUCGCGGAGAUGGAGGUCAUGAAGAUGCUCUUCGCGCUGCCGGCGGCGGAGGCGGGCACCAUCACUCUGCUCAAGCCCGCGAACGUCUUUGUCGAGGCGGGCGAGCAGAUCGCCAAGCUCGAGCUCGACGACCCGUCGCUGGUUGCGCGCGCCGUCCCCUUCAACGAGCCGCUCGGCGACCUCGAGCCGCCGCCGGAGAUGCGCGAGGACAACAUCGCGGUGCACCAGCAGGUGGCGUACCUGAUCGCGCGCGCGCACCACAUGCUCGGCGGCUUCGUCGACAACGAGGACGACGUGCUCAACAAGCUCUCCGAGCUGCUCCUCGACCAGCGCGCGGCGGCGACCGCCUUCAAGAACGCGUCCGAGCCGGUGGCGGCGUUUGGCGAGAAGUACAAGAGCGGGAUGCUCGACAUGUCGACCUUCACGCUGACGGCGAUCCUCGAGCACUUCCUCGAGGUGGAGCAGGCGAAGCAGAUCAUCGCCAACUGCCGCGACAACAUCGCCGAGCAGAACAAGGAGCUCGUGCUGCCCGUCCUCAAGAAGAUGGCGGGCAACAGCAUGGAGCCGCAGGCCGAGCUCGACACGGUCGACGGGCUCGCCGCUGAGCUCAAGCUGUGCCAGCCCAAGCUGCUCUCGAUGAUCUCCACCUCGGACAAGGCGCUCAAGCGCGCCAUCAUCCGCGCCUCGGUGAUGCUCUGGUACCGGCAGGGCGGCAUGUCCAACGUCUCCUUCAAGACGUACCUGCGCAAGGGCAAGGAGAAGUCGGCCGUGACGUGGGAGUACACGUCCGCGGCGGGCGAGCCGCGCUUCGGCAUCCUGCUCACCUUCCAGACGAUGGAGGACCUCGAGAACAACUUUGACGACCUCUGCAAGCUCGCCCUCGAGGAGAAGCGCACCGAGGAGGCGCCGAAGCUGCAGCGGCCCAUGUCCCGCAACGCGUCCGCGCAGGCGCGCCAGGAGGCCCCCGCGCCGAGCCGCGGGGGGGCACAGCCUCUCCUCACAGCAGCUAGCUGUGAACAGGCGCUCAAGGAGCUCGCCGCCUCGCCGGGCACCAACGCGAGCGGCCGCUCCUCCGCAAAGGAGGUUUGCCUGCACGUGCUCGUCCUCGGCGAGUUCAAGCCGCUCGACGCGGCGACCAAGGCCAACCUGCCGCACAAGUCCUUCCGCCGCUCGUACGCGUACGCGGUGAUGGACGAGACCAAGUCGAGCACUUCGUACCAGCGGUUCGCGGGCUUCCUCCGCUCCUCGAUGGUCGAGUCGGUCACCGUGAUGCUUCCGCACUCGACCGCCACAGACAACCUCAACUACACCUCCAUCUACAACUUCCCCGCCUUCCAGUCCUUCGACGAGCACAAGAUCACGCGCCACAUCCUGCCGCCCGAGGCCACUCUCCUCGAGCUCGGCCGCCUCUCCAACUUCAACGUCGAGCGCUGCUGGUUCCCCGACGCGCCGCACACGCACGUGUACUACGCGUCGGCCAAGCAGCAGAAGCUCGACACGCGCCUCUUCGUGCGCACGCUGCACUCGCGCGCCCCGGCGGCCACCGAGGACGAGGCGGUCGAGUCGAUCGCGACGCUCUGCGGGACCGAGAUGGCGGUGACGCUGGCGACGCUCGAGCAAGCCAUCGGCGACUCGCGCUACCAGAUCACCGAGUCGAACCACAUCUUCUUCCGCGCCACGUCGCCCCUCUGCAUCGGCGCCGACGGCGUGAUCAAGACGAUCCGCUCCAUCCUGCCGCAGUACCAGGCCGCCUUCUCCGCGCUGCGCGCCACCGAGCUCGAGCUCGUCCUCCCGCUGUGGGCGCCGUCGACGCCGAAGAGCGCCCUCGCCUCGACCGCGCCCACCAUCGUCCGCAUCAUCUGCCGCCUCGGCCCCUCGAUGACGAUCGACGUCUACGAGGAGGUCUGCCGCGACGACGGCUCCCUCGGGCUGCGCCAGAUGAGGCAGGCGGCGGGCGGCGCGCUCACGCCCUCGUCUGGGUCUCCGGUGGCGCUGGAGCCGUACGCGCUGCUCUCGGUCGUCGACCAGAAGCGGCUGCGCUGCCAGAAGCUGCUGACAACCUACUGCUACGACUUCAUCCACCUCUUCGAGAUCGCCGUCGGCGCGGCCUGGGAGAAGGCGUCGGCCGCCGACCCGUCCCUCUCGGCGCCGGCGGAGAAGGUUGUGGCGACGGAGCUGGUGCUCUCGCCCGACGGCUCGUGCGUCGUCCCGCUCGAGGCGCCGUGCAAGCCCGGCUCCAACAAGAUCGGCAUGAUCGCGUGGGACGUGACGCUCUACACGCCCGAGUUCCCGGCGGGCCGCACGAUCAUCGUCAUCGCGAACGACAUCACCUUCAUGCAGGGCACCUUCGGCCCCCUCGAGGACCUCGUCUUUGAGCGCGCCUCCCAGUUCGCGCGCGAGCUCGGCGUGCCGCGCAUCUACAUGGCCGCCAACGCGGGCGCGCGCUUCGGCCUGUCGGAGGCGGUCAAGAAGUGCUUCCGCGUGCAGUGGGUCGGAGGCGACGACCCGGCAAAGGGCAUCGCCUACCUGUGGCUGACCGACAAGGACAGGGAGGCGCUCGGCGACGCGGUCGUGACGGAGCGCGUCGACGCGCCGCCGAGCGACGAGGACGAGGACGAGGCGGAGGAGCCGCCGGUCCGCUUCCACAACAAGAUCACCGCCAUCAUCGGCAAGGAGGAGGAGGGUGGGCUCGGCGUCGAGUCGCUGCAGAUGGCGGGCGCCAUCGCGGCCGAGACGUCGAUCGCCAACCGCGAGAUCUUCACCCUCUCCUACUCGACCGCGCGCAACAUCGGCAUCGGCUCGUACGUCCUCCGACUCGGCCAGCGCGUGAUCCAGCAGCGCGACGCGCCCAUCAUCCUGACCGGGUACAUGGCGCUCAACAAGCUGCUCGGCACCACGGUCUACGAGUCCAACGGCCAGCUGGGCGGGCCCGAGGUGAUGGGCGGCAACGGCGUCUCGCACCUCGUCGUCGACAACGACCUCGACGCCGUGCACCGGAUCGUGCAGUGGAUGUCCUUCAUCCCGCACAAGGUUGGCGCGCCGCUGCCGAUCAUCAAGCCGGCGGACCCGAUCGAGCGGUCCGUCGACUACCUGCCCGUCAAGGGCGUGCCGUACGACCCGCGCGAGCUGCUCACCGGCGGUGUGCAGGACGGCGUCUACCGCUCCGGCCUGCUCGACAAGGACUCCUUUGUAGAGACGCUCUCCGACUGGGCUAAGACGGUCAUCGUCGGCCGCGGCCGCAUCGGCGGCAUGCCCCUCGGCGUCAUUGUCACUGAGAACCGGCUGGUCGAGAAGGACAUCCUCGCCGACCCGGCGAACCUCGAGUCCAAGCCGCAGGUGCAGAUGCAGGCGGGGCAGGUCUGGUUCCCCGAUUCCGCCUACAAGACGGCGCAGGCCAUCCAGGACUUCAACACCGGCGAGGGGCUGCCGCUGCUGGUGAUGGCGAACUGGCGCGGCUUCUCGGGCGGACGCAAGGACAUGUUUGAGGAGGUGCUCAAGUUUGGCUCCUUCAUCGUCGACCAGCUCACGCAGUUCCGCCAGCCCAUCUCGGUCUACAUCCCGCCCUUCUCCGAGAUCCGCGGCGGCGCGUGGGUGGUCAUCGACUCAAAGAUCAACCCCGCCUUCAUGGAGAUGUACGCCUCCGAGACGGCGCGCGGCGGCGUGCUCGAGCCGCCCGGCAUCGCCGAGAUCAAGUUCCGCAAGCCGGACGUCAUCAAGACGAUGACGCGGAUCGACAAGCAGCUCCAGUGGAUGUCGAUGAAUGAGGCCACCGGCGUCGUCCGCGCCGAGGACAUCGAGACGCGCAAGGCGGAGCUGCUCGCCUACUACCAGCCGCUCGGCGAGACGAUCGCCGACCUGCACGACCGGCCCGAGCGCAUGCUCGCCAAGGGCGUCAUCCGCAGCAUCGUGCCGUGGGCCAAGGCGCGCUCCUUCUUCUACUGGAGGAUCCGCCGGCGCGUGCGCGAGGAGGAGCUCGUCAAGGCGCUGAUGGCGGCGGCCUCUCUCUCACACGACGAGGCGCUCGCGCAGCUCCACGAGAAGCUCCCGGCAGACGUGUGCGCCGACGACCGCCGCUGCUGCGAGGUGCUCACUUCCGCGGAGGCGGACUGAGCGCGCUGUUGCGGCAGCCCCUUCCCGCCGCGGCGACGCCCCUGCCCGCCGCGCCCGCUUCUCCCCCUCGCGGCGCGGAUCGGCGCUAUCCCCUCCUCCCCUCCUACCCCUGCCCCUCUCUUUCGUUGUUCUUUGUUCUCCCCUCUCCAUGUGCGACGGCGCGCGACCCACCGCGCCGGUGCAUUCCCGCAUCCCAUGCCAUGACCCCGAUUCGUGCUGUUGUGCCGGGGGCGGCCGCGGGCUAGACGCGUCGCUGCUCCCCGUUUCCCGUCGACCCUGCGAUCAUCUCCGGAGUCACGCGUGAGUCUGUGCGCGGAUAUUUGAAGGGUGCUGUAUAAAUGUUUUAACGCUCUACCUUCG